AUGCCGCCGCUGACGCGCCAUCCGAUCCUCUUCGGGAAAAACGCAGCUUCCAGCUUCGCUCACUUUAUGGCCUUCAAGAUUUGCGAAGGUUAUCAUGUCGACAUGCUGAGCACGAACCUGGCCUUCCUGGUGUGGUUGGCAGCCCUUGUCUAUGCCUUCACCACACCCUGGACGGCGGCUGACCUGACGGCGAAGGCCGGAAGUCUCAUGGUGUCCGCUUUCUGCAAUUUCUUUGCUGUGGCCACCACGCGCUUCAAUGACUCCGGCUUCACCAGUGGCUUGUCGAUGCUUCUGCCGCCCUUCUUCUUCUUCAGCUUCCUCGUCCUCCUCGCGGGAGCGCUUCCGACGAUGCUCGUGGCAGGAAGCCUCGCGGGGCAGCUCCUGGCUUCGAGCCAAGGUCUCCUCGUCACACUUUUCCUCUGUGGCUUCCUGGCCCUCGCAGCCGUCUUCUUCCACGAUGCCUUGGCCUGGCUUCCGCAGGUGGGCUACCUGGGUGGGGCUGGGAGCUCGGAAGGCUUCGAAAGCUCGUACAAGCGCGCGGGCCUGCUUCCGGCGGCCUUUGCGGGCUCCUUCACGAUCUCGGUCACCUUCACGCCGCUGCUCUCAACCGCAAGCCUCCCCUUGUGGCAGACGGCCGGCCUUCAGGUCGUGGUGACGAGCGCUGCCCUUUGCUGCCUCCUACGCUUCGGCAUGGGCCGGCACUGGCUGCGGAUCCUCCUGCCUAAUUAG